GCAGAGAGAGGCACUUUGCACCACAGACAGAUAGCAAGAAGGAAAAGCCAGAGGCAGUGAGGGAAAAGAGGAGUCAGUCGCUCUUGGAGAAGGGAGAGGGAGACUGGGAGAAGCCGCACAGAAAGUGUAAAACGGAGUAAAGAAAGAAAGAGAGAGAAAAAAAACUACCCUUAAAGCACAUUUAAAAAUCUCAGGCAAUCCAAGAAAGAAACAGGCUACGUUUUAAAGAACAUAGAAACAAUGAAAAGCUAAAGAAAAAAAUUUGCAAUCUCUGCCACAGUCUCAUAGGUGCUUGGAAGUGAAAGUAGAUUUGCCUGUCUUUAACGGACUCUGACAGGGGUAACUGGAUUAGGGACGGGUACGCCAGCUUUUUUUUUUUUUUUUUUUAAACAUCUUAAAUCCCGAAAAAAAAAAAAAAAAGCAGCAGCUCCGAAUUGAAUGAAUUGAUGGGCACACUCCAACUGCUGGGCUGGAGAGACUGGACUUGGUCUUGCCAUUUCUGCUGCUUUGAAAAAGGAGACAACUUGGGCUUCCUUUUAAUUUAGUUUUUCCCCUUCUCCCCCCACCCCCCAACCUCCCCCACCCCUUCUAUCACCACCACCCCCUUUUAAAUAAGAGGGUGAAGGGGAACCAGAGCGCACAAGGGAACUGACUCAGGAGGCAGAGAAGAUGGGCAUCCUCAGCGUAGACUUGCUGAUCACGCUGCAAAUUCUGCCAGUUUUUUUCUCCAACUGCCUCUUCCUGGCGCUCUAUGACUCGGUCAUUCUGCUCAAGCACGUGGUGCUGCUGUUGAGCCGCUCCAAGUCCACUCGGGGAGAGUGGCGGCGCAUGCUGACCUCAGAGGGACUGCGCUGCGUCUGGAAGAGCUUCCUCCUGGAUGCCUACAAACAGGUGAAAUUGGGUGAGGAUGCUCCCAAUUCCAGUGUGGUGCAUGUCUCCAAUCCCGAAAAAGGUGACAAUAGUGGAAACGGUACCCCAGAGAAUGCAGCUGCUGGAGCUGAGUGCCACCUUCUGGACUUUGCCAGCCCUGACCGCCCACUGGUGGUCAACUUUGGCUCAGCCACCUGACCUCCUUUCACUAGCCAGCUGCCAGCCUUCCGCAAACUGGUGGAAGAGUUCUCAGCGGUGGCUGACUUCCUGCUGGUCUACAUCGACGAGGCCCACCCUUCGGAUGGCUGGGCAGCGCCUGGGGACUCCUCUUUGUCUUUUGAGGUGAAGAAGCAUCGAAACCAGGAAGACCGAUGCGCGGCAGCCCACCAGCUUCUGGAGCGUUUCUCCUUGCCGCCUCAGUGCCGAGUUGUGGCUGACCGCAUGGACAACAAUGCCAACGUAGCUUAUGGGGUGGCUUUUGAACGUGUGUGCAUUGUGCAGAGACAGAAAAUUGCUUAUCUGGGAGGAAAGGGACCCUUCUUCUACAACCUUCAAGAAGUCCGGCAUUGGCUGGAGAAGAAUUUCAGCAAGAUGAAAUCUAGAUUAGCUGGUUGAAGGUAUGAUUGUAAUAGAGCUUAUUGUAUUUAAAACAAAUUUAUGUAAAGAAGAGGAAAUUAAGAACUGAAUGCAUGUUUCAACCGAGUCCCAUUGCUUUACUGAAAGACAGGAGUUUAACUGUCAGAAGAACAUAGAUGUCUAACAUCUCCAUACUUCUUUCACCACUCAAAUGGCAUGGGGCUAAAUAGUAGCCCUGUCACUUCUCUUCUUAGUGAAAAGAUCCCAAGAUGGAGAGGAAGCAACCCUGACUGCAUGUGUUCAUUCUGCUUUGAGAAAGAAGUUAUACAGCUGAUGCAUGCUCUGGGACCAGAAGAAGACUUACCUGAAUAAUUACUAUGUUAGGGAAUCUACUGUUUAUAUUCAGAUAAAGGGUAGUGCCUUGGCUUUAUUCAGCAUGGAUAGAGCCCAGCUGGAAAAUUCCCAAAUAUUUACUUAUAAUGAGUCCUUGCACCCAGGCCACAUGGUUAAGACCUUCCUAUUUAAUUCAUUCUGUUUCUAGCCAUCUAGUGCUCUAUGUGUCUACAUAGCCCAGAAUUCAUAGGUAUAUUUGUAGAUACACAUAAUCAUGAAUGACCCUUAACCUGGAGAGUGAGAAUCAUCAUCUGAAAUCUGAGGGUUACUUUCUAGGCAGGCAGAGAAAGCACUGGAAAAUAAAACAAUAUGAAAUUGACAAGCUAGGAAAGAGGAAUCUGAAAGAUUAGGAAAUGUCAUAGAGGUUCACCUUGAAGCUAUAGAGAGCGUGAUUAACUUUGUAGCCACAGAAACAGAGAAACAUAUACAGGCCAGAAAAAGAAAAAGCCCAGCUAAAAGUAGCGUAGAGAAUACACAUGUAAAGACAAUGCAUUCAUCGUACUCUACGAGAUUGAGGGAGAAAAGGUGACUGAAAAAAUGCACUUAAAUAUUAAUAUGUGUGAAGAGAGUUUUUUCGUGGAAAUAAUUGCUUUUUGAAACACAAACGUGGUAUGUAUAUUUUUAGUGGGUUAAUUAUACCACAUGAUGCCUAUUAAAGGAAAAACCAGUGGGUGCAGUGGUGCUAGUCUGUUCCUCUCUACUGUUACAAUUAUCACGUGUCCCUACUCAUUCCUAAUCUCAUUCUCUACAGCAGUGUUCUGUCUAAAUGCUGAGCUAAAGAGUAAAGAUGUGCGUGUGCUUGAAACACACACACUCAGUUCCUGUGGGAGGUAGGUGCCCUGGCCAUUCAGGUGACCAUUCAGCUACACCCUUGUUUUCCUGCCAGAGUAGGCAAACU